CCCCUCCCCUCCCGCCUGGGCAGGCCAUGGCAGCAGGCGGAGCGGCCGGGAGACUUCAGCCGGACGGGAGACGGAGCCAGAGCCUCGGGGCAGCCCUCGGUCGCCUUGAAGGCCUGUGGCCAGGCCACAGUCCCUCCAGCCAUGGCAAUCGUCCAGACUCUGCCUGUGCCCCUGGAAGCCAACCCUGAAAACACAGUCUCACACCCACCCCACCUGCCCACCAUGGGCAGUGUGAGUAGCCUUAUUUCAGGCCGGCCCUGCCCUGGAGGAGGGCCUGCACCCUGCCAUCAUGCUCCCUCUGGACCUCCUUUUUUCCGGCAGCAGGAUGGGCUACUGCUUCGAGGGGGUGGUUGUAGGGCCCAAGAGCCACUGUGCCCCCCAGUACCCACCAGAAAGCCUGUGGGAAAUGCUGGCUUUGCAUACAUCAAUGAGGACUUCCGGGGAGACUCACCCUCCAGCCCCUGUAGUGACACUGAGGAUGCCCGGGAACAGCAAGCCCGAAAUGCCCAUCUCAGGGGCCCACCUCCAAAGCUCAUCCCUGUGUCUGGAAAGUUGGAGAAGAACAUGGAGAAGAAUCUGAUCCGGCCUACAGCCUUCAAACCUGUGCUGCCCAAGCCUCGGGGGCCACCAUCCUUGCCAGCAUUCCUGGGGCCACGGGCUGGUGUUGGGGGGAUGUCAGGGAGCCAGGGUAGUCUGACCCAGCUGUUUGGGGGCCCUGCUUCCUCCUCUUCCUCCUCUUCCUCGUCCUCUGCUGACAAGCCUCUGACCCUCAGCGGUUGGGCCAGUGGUUGCCCCUCAGGGACACUGUCUGACUCUGGCCGAAACUCACUGUCUAGCUUGCCUACUUAUAGCACAGGGGGAGCUGAACCAGCUGGAGGCUCUCCAGUAGGGCACCUACCUACUGAUGGCCCUGGUAGAGGGGUGCUACCUGGCACUGGGGGCAGCCACCGUGGGGUCCUCAUGGGUCCCUCACACUCAGACAGUGGGCGUUCAUCAUCCAGCAAGAGCACAGGAUCCCGGGGAGGCCUCCUCAGUGGUGGGGGUACUCGGGUCUCUCCAGACAGUGGUUCUUGUGGGGAUCGAUCACCUUACCUGGCCCGCCCCCCCCCCCCCCCCCCACCCCUGCCAGAUGAGUCUCUGCUGCGAUGUGCUCUACAGGAGAAACUUCGGGAGCGUGAGGCAGAACUGCAACAGCUUCGGGACAGCCUGGAUGAAAACGAGGCUGCCAUCUGCCAGGUCUAUGAGGAAAAGCAGCGACGCUGGCAGCGCGAGCGGGAGGAGCUCCAGGAGGGCUGUGUAGCCCAGGUGAAGCAGGCAACCCAGAGGGCCCAGCGGGCCCAGCAGCUGCUGCAACUGCAGGUGUUCCAGUUGCAGCAGGAAAAGCGCCAGCUGCAGGAUGACUUUGCACAGCUGCUGCAGGAGCGAGAACAACUGGAACGACGGUGUGCGGCCUUUGAGCGGGAGCAGAGUGAGCUCGGUCCUCGACUGGAGGAGACCAAGUGGGAGGUGUGCCAGAAAUCAGGGGAGAUCUCCCUAUUGAAGCAGCAGCUAAAGGAAUCCCAAGCAGAGCUGGUUCAGAAGGGCAGUGAGCUGGCAGCGCUACGAGUAGCCCUUAGGGAAGCCCGGGCCUCCCUAAGGGCCAGUGAGGGGCGAGCUCGGGGGCUGCAAGAGGCUGCCCGGGCUCGGGAACUAGAGCUUGAGGUCUGCACUCAUGAGCUACAACGGAGAAAAAAUGAAGCUGAAUGGCUUCGAGAGAAGGCCGGACAGUUGGAUAUAGCUGUGGCAGGACUUCGGGGGGCCCCAGAAACUAUGCCCACCCCUGACCCCUUCUUGCUGUCAGAGAGUGAUGAGGCCAAAGCCCAGAGGGCAGCAGCAGCUGGGACUGGGGGGAGCCUUCGGGCCCAGGUGGAGCGGCUGAGGGCUGAGCUGCAGCAGGAGCGGCGUCGAGCCGAGGAGCAGCAAGGAAGCUUUGAGAGUGAGCGCCUGGCCUGGCAGGCGGAGAAGGAGCAAGUCAUUCGCUACCAGAAGCAGCUGCAGCACAGCUACAUCCAAAUGUAUCGGCGCAAUCGGCAGCUAGAGCAAGAGCUGCGGCAGCUGAGCCUGGAGCUGGAGGCCCGAGAGCUGGUGGAGUACAGUCUGCCCGAAACCCCACCCUGUGUUCACUUGGAGGAGAUCACAGCCACAGAGAUCUGAAGAUUCAUAUAGGUUAGAGGAGUCAAGAGGCAGGGGAUGGGAAUCAGCUCGGGGGGUCCUGCAUUGAGGGACUCUUACCUUUCCACCUUUGCUCUGGAUGAGUGCA